AUGGCGACCAACAAUGGUCUUCGAAUAUACGAGGACCUGGCUAUUGGAGGAGACCUAUUUUCGUACAUGGCACAAGGCAACGACGUGCUUCGACCAGUCUCAGAGACACAGGCACUACUGAUUGUGUACCAGGUGCUCAAAGCAUUGGAGUAUCUGCACUCUCGCGAGAUCGUUCACCGAGACCUGAAGCUUGACAACAUAUUAAUAAAAGGGGCCCCUGUUCGGUAUCCAUACGUUGUUCUGGCUGAUUUCGGGGCUGCCAGGCGGCUUGACGCGCAAAGAACCAAACGCUCGGCCAGAAGAAUGUUUACAAUGGUAGGGACUCCGGAAUAUGCAGCGCCAGAGAUCGACCUGACGCAGCCACGGAGCACCAAGGGGUACACCAACAAGGUAGACAUUUGGUCUUUAGGAGUGAUCACGUACAUUCUGCUUACCGGUGUGUCUCCAUUCUACUCGCCUUGCGUUGAAAAAACCACCCUCAAGGUCCGGAAGGGAGACCUGCUGCUGGAGAUCAGAGAAUGGAGCAAGAUCUCUCUCGAAGCAAAGCAGUUCGUCAAAGGGUGUUUACGUGCCAAAGUACUGCAAAGGCUGGACGUAUUAGGGUGUUUGGAGACGGAUUGGAUCAACAAGCGUUCUCACAAGGAGUGGCUGGAGAAAUGCUACCAUGCUAUUUUGGGCCAAUGA